CUUCUGAGGGUUUUCUUUCCGCUAAAUUAUAAGAAUAUAAAUAACCAUUUUAACUUUAUAAUUUUCUUCAAAAUGAGAUUGUUAUCUACCGUUUUAUUUUUAUCUGGAUCCUUAUUUGUUUUAUCCCCAAGUUCUGAUAUACGCUUCUAUGCUUCUGCAGCUGAAACGGAACUAGCCAAAGAUGGUGAUGAAGAUUUUGAAGGAGGACCAUUUGGAGAAAGCAAUGUGAAAGUAGGAGAUGCGGAUAAAGACGAUGAUGCAUUAAAUGAUGGUGGACAUAAAACUGAACAUAAACCAUCAAGCCCCUCUGGACUAAGUUCUUAUAAUCCUUUCGAUGAACCGGAUGAUGAAGUUGCACCAACAGUAACCGAUGGAUCUCAUGCAUUGCAUACAGAAACCUCUGAUGGAGGAAAAAUGAAAGACUGGAACAAAUGGAUGAAGCAAGCUAAGAAAGAUUUCUCAGGAUACAAAGGUACCAUGGAUACCCAAAGGUACGAAUGGACCAAGGAGAAAGAAGAUGAACUUCAAAAAUUCUGUAAAUACUUGGAAAAGAGGUGGAUGAGUUAUACAGGAAACAUCGAUAGAGACUGCAAAUCAGAUUUCUUGCAAUCCACACAAAGCUGGAAUGAUAACCAAUGGAAUAAAUGGGUCAAAAGUGAAGGAAAGCACCACAUGAAUAGACAAUUCCAAAAAUGGUUAGACUAUAAUAAGUACAAGUUACAAGACUGGACCAAUACCGAAUGGAACAAAUGGAAAGCAAAUGUUAAGGAACAACUUGAUGAUGAAGAAUGGAAAAAAAAAGAGGCAGCUGGAAAAACUAAAGAAUGGAUCAAAUGUACCGAUAAAAUGGAAAAGAAAUGUUUAAAGAAAACUAAAAAACACUGCAAAGACUGGGAAAAGAAGGCCAACAGCUCAUUUAAAAAAUGGGAAGGAGAUUUCACAAAAAAAUGGACAUCCAACAAACAAUGGAAUACAUGGUCAAAUUUUUAUGAGAACUACGAAGGAUCUAUCUUUUAUACACUUUUUAAUUCCAAAAAGUGUUUUUUAUGUCAUAACAUACAGGAUUAUAUGUUAGUUCGUAAAAUAAAUAAGAAGAUCAUAAUUUUAUAUUAUCUCAAAAUGAAAGGAUUAUACAAGAUUUUAUGUUUAAGCGGUUCCUUAUAUAUUUUAUCCAGCAGUUAUCUUUCAUCUGGUGUUUCCGCGUCAACUGCUGAUCUGAAUGAGAAGAGCUUCUUACGCCCAAAUAUUCCAGGGUCUCUGCAGGAAUUGUAUGAAGAAGGAGUAACUUCGAUAUCCGAAUGGAAAGUAAAAAAAUGGUCAGAUUUUAUGAAAUCAUUAGAGGAAGACUUUAAGGAAUUCCUAGUUUAUUUGAAAAAUGAAAAAAAUAGCUGGCUAGAAAAAAAAGGUGCAAUGUGGGAACAAUGGAAAACACAGAUGGAAAAAAAAUGGGAGCAAUAUGACGAACUUACGUUUAAUGAAUUAUUGUCCGAUGAUGCAGAAUCUGCAUUAAAAUGGAAUGACAAUGAAUGGACAGACUGGUUCAGUAAUAAAGGAAAAUUGGCAUUGACGGAAGAAUGGGAGAAAUGGGUUGAAGAACAAUAUCUCUUUUACAAAGAAGGUAUUAGUAAUGAUUGGACAAAUUGGAGUGAGUUCAAAAAUAGUGAAUUUUCAACAAUCCAAUGGAAAUGUAAUGAAAAUCAUUACUGGAAAUAUUGGGAAAAGAAUGCACAUCCUGAUCUACCCCUAUAUGACAUUAAGAAUAAUAUGAUGGAAGUAUGGAAGAACAGAGUAAAAAAGGAAAAAGAAGAAUGGUCAAACUGGAUAAAUGAUAAACAAACAAAUUAUAUUGAUGUAGAAUGGGAUAAAUGGGAAGAAUGGAAAAAUCAAAAUAGCAAGGAUUUUAAUGAGUGGAUGGAAAAUUUUGUUAAAAAGAUGAUAGAAAAUAAACAGUGGAGGAAUAUGGAAUCAAGUACAUAUAGCGAAAACGAUGUGCCGGGAGGUAAUACUUCCAUAUUAGAAGAAAAGAAGGAGGAAGAUAAAUCAUCGCGUGUUAAGGGGAACGGUCUCCCACGUGCUCUAUUUACAUUUCUUGUUUUUUUGACGUCCACGCCUGCUCUUUUGAACACCUGCUCCGCAUCUUCUCUUAUAGAAAAGAACGAUGCUGUGGAUAAGCCGGUUUGUUUGGUAGGACUGGUUGAAGGAGGGCUACAGAAAGAAGAAGAAUGGGAAAGGUGCACUUGGGAUAAUUGGAAGAUAAAAUUGGAGGAGGAUUUCAAUCAAUUCUAUUUUCUGUUGGAUAAGGAAAAGAAGGAGUGGCUUGACGGGAGAGAAGAAGAAUGGGAAAAAUUGAUACAAGAAAUGGAAAAUAAAUGGACGACUCAUGAACAAGGCUUUGACAAGAGCGCACAUUUAUCUGAUAUUCCGGAAGAGUCAUCAACAUGGGACGACAUCCAAUGGGAACAAUGGAUUAGAAAAAAAGGGGGUCAACUUAUGGAAAUUGAAUGGAAAGAGUGGGUUAAUAAAAAUGACGCCUUUCUUAAUGAAAUGAUUAUGAAAAAAUGGAUUCAGUGGAAGAAUUCAAAAUUAAAGUCACGAGUCACGGGUGAAUGUAAAACUGAUGAAGAUUGUUAUUGGGCGGAUUGGGAAAAAAACAAAUCAUACAAAUCUUUGCCUAUAACAGAGAGAACGAAAUGGCUAAAAUGGAAAGAGAGGAACAGUAGAGAGUCUGACGAGUGGACAAAUUGGGUUAACAUUAAAGAAUGUGUGUACAUACAUAACGAGUGGAAUAAAUGGACAGAAUGGAAAAAUAAUAAAAGAAGGCUGUUUAAAAUAUGGAAAGAUUUAUUUAUUGACAAGUGGCCGAGAAAGAUGGAGUCAAGUCAUGGUGUAGAUAGCAUAAUUAACAAGAAGUCUUCAUUUUCAACGUUAAAACUGGAUAAAAGUGACAUCCUAUUUUGUGUUAAUAUAUCAUUCUUGAAGUUCAGUGCACAGUGUGUCUUCUUCAUUUAUUCCCUGUACAUUAUAUUGAAACACUUUUUUCCGACUGUAUUCAAGAAAUUAAAUAACACAUUAGACAGGAACACGUUAAAUUCCAUAAAAUAUAAACAGGGCUACUACGUAGACAAGUUGAAGGAAAAAGGUAAUACUGAAUUGAAAGAUGAAGAAGAAGAUGUAUUUGAGGAUGCUUCUGAAGAUUUAUAUACAAAUGAGAAAAAAAUAGAAACUGGUGGAUAUCGCACUCUUGUGGAAGAAGCAACCAACAGCGAUAAAGUAAAAGAAGAUGAAAAAGGAAAAGAUAAUAAUCAAAUUGAAGAAAGUGAACCAAAUGUUGCAAAUAUAAAUACAAAUUAUAAUAUAGAAAAAAAUGCAGAUGUCAAUAGUGAAGUCAAAGAGCCAUGUAACAUUUCUACAGUAGAGGGAAAAAAUCUGAAUAAAAAUGAAAACAGUGAUAAUAAUUCUAAGGAGGGUGAAAAAUAUAAUUUGAUGCCAGAAAAUAACGAUACGGUAGUAAAUCUAGGGGGAACAUAUUUUUUGGAAAAAAGAGGAAUGCACAUCUUUGACAUAAAAGAGGAGGACAAAGGAUUCAGUAAUAACCCAAAGGAUGAUAAGGGUUUAACAGAAGCAAAAGGAAAUAUUGACAAUAAGGGGGCAUAUAGUAUGAAGGUCAAGAAUAUUACGAGUAAUGUGGAGAAAGUAACAGAGGAAGGUACUAGCAAGACGCAAGACGAAGGGGAAAAACGUGUCGAUGAGAAAGAACCAAGUAAUUAUCAAAUAAAAAAGGAAGGACAGGUGAAUGAAAGCACAGGCAAAAGUUAUAGUUUUAAAAGAGAUGCAAGUAGUUAUAAAUACAAAAGAAAAUUCAGUUCUGUUUCGCUAGGAAGUGUACAAGAAAGGAAUGAAAGGGAAAUGAAUAACUAUAAAUUAAAAGGAGGUGAAGAAAACAUCAAAUAUAAUUCAACAAAUAGUUUGUCAAAAUUGGGUCAAAAGAAUGAGCAGAAAACGGUUCCAAAUAACGGUAAAAUGGAAUUAGGCACAAGGAAAGUUAAAAAAGAAAUAUUAAAAGAGAAAAGGGAGGACGAAGCAAAGAAAGACGAAACGAUGAAAGACGAAACAAUGAAAGACACAGCGAUGAAAGGCGCAAAAAAAAGCAACUUAAAGGAAGACGCGAAAAAAGAACCCAAAAAAGGAACGGACAAAUUAAAAGACAUAAGAAAGGCAACAUCAUUAGAUACCAUUUAUAAAAGUGAUUUGGGAGGGAAGGAUGAUGAAAUGGAAGAUGAUAAAUCGGAUGAAUGGAAAGAUAACGAAUGGAAUAACUGGAUAGUUAAAACUGAAGAAGAUUGGAAACUAUUUAAUAAAAGCGUCGAAAACAAAAAAAACAGGUGGCUAGAGAAGAAUGAUAAAGAAUUGGAAGUGUGGCUAAAGAAUAUGGAGGAAAGCUGGAUGCAUUAUAAAGAAAAUGAAGAAAAUGAAUACAAAUCGGAAGCCAUGAAGAACUCAUCAACAUGGAACGAUAGCCAAUGGAAACAAUGGAUUAGAACAGAGGGGAAAAAAGGCAUGGAAGCAGAUUUGAAAAAAUGGUUAAAAGAUAAAGAAAUAUUUUUGGAUGGAUGGAUUUCCAAAGAAUGGAUUCAGUGGAAAAACGAAAGAAUGCUUCAGUGGUUAUCAGUUGAUUGGAGGCAUAAGGAGGAUGAGACUUUUCAGCAUUAUAAAUCAAGCACAUCUACGAAUGUGUUACAUAUGAAGAAGAAGAAAAAAUGGAUGAAAUGGAAAGAAAGAAAAAAUAAGGAAAAGGAAGAAUGGAAUAAUUGGGUAAAGGGGAAAGAACAUUUAUAUGUAAACAAUAAAUGGGAUAAAUGGUCUAAAUGGAAAAGGGAUAAGCGCGUGUUGUAUAGUCAAAAGUUUGUGACCUUCAUUAACAAAUGGAUAAGUAACAAACAGUGGACUGUAUGGAUUCAGGAUCAAAAAGAUUCAACUUUGAAAAAAAAGUAG